GUAAACAAGAAGGGGUAUGCUCGCUUGGAUCUUCUGGGCAAGGGUGGCUCUUCCAGGGUGUAUCGAGUCAUGACCGGCCAGAAUGAUAUCUACGCGCUCAAGCGGGUAACCCUGGACCAGACGGACGCAGAAACAAUGAGCGGUUACAUGAACGAGAUUGCCUUGCUGAAGAGACUCGAGGGCAACAACCGGAUCAUAAGGCUCAUCGACAGCGAGGUGAAAUCAGGCCCUAAUGGUUCGAAAGGGCUCUUGCACCUUGUCAUGGAAUGCGGUGAAAUUGACCUGGCGCGACUAUUACAAGAGCAGCAGACAAAGCCAAUGAACAUGGUCUGGAUCGCCUACUACUGGCAACAGAUGCUUGAGGCGGUACAAGUCAUACACGACGAGAAGAUAGUCCAUUCGGACCUCAAGCCAGCUAACUUCGUGCUGGUGCGAGGGCAACUGAAGCUGAUCGACUUUGGGAUUGCCAACGCGAUUGCCAACGAUACCACCAACAUCCAGAGGGAUCACCAGAUCGGAACCGUCAAUUACAUGAGUCCCGAGGCUAUCGAGGUACCGGAUGGGAAGCGGCGGCUCAAAGUCGGCAGACCAAGCGACGUAUGGUCCCUCGGUUGCAUCCUUUACCAGAUGGUGUAUGGCUAUCCGCCUUUCCAACAACUGUCGGUAUACCAGAAGAUGAAGGCUAUCCCGGAUCCUAAUUAUACCAUCGACUUCCCUGCCUAUUCGGCACCCAGGCGGGUGCCGGCAUAUGUCAUCGCGACGAUGCGCAACUGCCUAUGCAGAAACCCGAAAGAACGGGCCACUAUCCCCGAACUGCUCGAACAUGAUUGGUUGACCGGGAGAGAACGUACGUCCUGUUUUUUUGGUAUCGCAGCCUCCCGCCGUCUGACGAGUGUUAUAGCUGCCCCAGUGCUUGCCCAUAACGAAAGCAUAAUCAACCCUCAUUAUAUGGGCCAGCUACUGCGCUAUGGGAUGGCCCUUGCUCGCGAUUCUCCAAACAUGACGAAACAAGAACUCGAAAAACUAGCAACAGUAAGUGUCGUUUUGCCAUGA